AUGGACAUUGAAGAGUUACACGUUGCUGCUUCAGCUUACUAUAACAAUGCCUCCUCGGAAGUAAAGCAGCUAGCGCGGGAGUUUUUCGAGUCAAUGGAUACGAAUGAGGAUGACACAGUGAGCAUGGAUGAGUUCGUGGAGUUCUUCAAAGGAUACAGCAACAACAACAUGUACAGCAAGAACCAUUUCACUGCAUUGGACAGGAACCGCGACGGCUGCUUGCAGUUCCGGGAAGUGCUGACGUUGUACUACAUCAUGAAAACCCGGGGCGUGUGGUGCAAACAAUGCAGAACGUGCCUUACAGGACUCUAUUUCACUUGCGUCACGUGCUUUGACAGCGCUGACGACAUGACCUACGAUCUCUGCGCUGCGUGCUAUAGCAAACGCAACUUCCAGCACCCCCACCCCUCCUCCUCCUUCCUUGAUAGCUACGUCUUGCUACGCUCCAAGAAUGGUACUGAAGCAAAUCGCAAUCGGGCAAUAGUUCCACGACCCAUGAAUAAUUAUGAACCUCAACGGGCGAGUAAACUGCAAACCGCAUUACGAACAUUGGAGGCGGCGAUUAGUAUCGGGAGUAUUGUGACUAAUUGUAGCAUCAUGUGA